CCCCGGCACCGCCCGCCCGGCAGGGGAGGGAGCCGGGGAGCCGGCCCGGCCCCGGCCUUUGCAUAGCGGGCAGCGCUUCCGAGCGCGGCUUCCUCCUCCUCCUCCUCCUCCCCGCCCGGCACCGCGAGCAUCCUCAUCGCCCCGAGCAGCACAGGCGGCAGCGGCCCGGGCUGGUGCUUCGCAGUGAAGAUAAUUCAGAGAGACCAGAGAUGCCUUGGCCGAGCAGAAAGAGAGACAAAGGAGCAGUGGCAGAUAAAAAAGAGCCUGAUGCUAAAAUAGCCAAAACCGAGGAGGAGACUUCAGAUAAGGAGGAAGAAGAGAAGUCUGCAAAACCUCCAGCUGGGAGCUCCAAGUCAGGAUGGAAGAACUGGAAGAAAAAAGAAUCUGAGUCUGGGGAGGAAAGCAAGAUCACAUACUGUCACUGGCUGCUGAAAUCAGAACCUGAGAGCAGGCUGGAGAAGGGGGUGGAUGUGAAGUUCAGUGUUGACGACUUGAAAGCUCAGCCUAAUCAGACAACCUGCUGGGAUGGAGUAAGAAACUACCAGGCAAGGAAUUUCCUGAGAUCCAUGAAACUUGGGCAGCAGGCCUUCUUCUACCACAGUAACUGCAAAGAGCCUGGCAUUGUGGCCCUUGUCAAGAUCGUAAAGGAGGCGUACCCUGAUCACACACAGUUUGACCAGAAGGAUCCUCAUUAUGACUCCACCAGCAGAAAAGAGAACCCCAAAUGGUCCAUGGUGGAUGUGCAGUUUGUGAGGAUGACCAAGCGCUUCAUCCCCCUCUCUGAGAUCAAGGCUCACCACCUGGCACACAAAGCAGAUGGGGGGCCCCUCAAGGACAUGAUGCUCUUCACCAGGCAACGUCUGUCCAUCCAACCCCUGACACAAGAGGAAUUUGAUUUUGUCUUGAGCCUGGAAGAGGAAAAGCCACAUUAAAGCAGCACAGCUCCCACCCAGCCCGCUGACGCCUCCUCCUCCACCAGCACAACUCUCACAUUCACCUGCUCAAGCACAGCACCACGAAUGUGCCCCCACAAGAUCUGCAGCCACACGUCCCUUCCCCUGACACACUGUUAUUUUUGCUUAUUUUUUCAAUAAAUGAAGCGUUUUUGAAUCAA